GUGAGUGGAAGGCACACCGCGCGCGCCGCCGGUCUUUGUCAGUCCUGUGUUGGUACUGUGCCCAGCAGCAGCCGCCGCACCACUCCGCGAGAUCGAGACCAAGAGAGAGAAAGAGAGAGGAAAGAAAAGUAGCCCUUGUCGCUGGCCAUAUAGUUUGUCUGCAGUCAGCAGGUCGCACCGAGGUCCGCGAGUGCGUGUGUCUAUAGUCUCCGUGCAGUGUCCGAGGGACAUCACGUGCGUCACGCCGCCACCUUUUUUACUCGUAGUGGGUAGUUGGGUCGCCGGGUGGUCACCCUCAGCAGCCCUCUGAAACGAACGAGACACGCCGAGCACAACAACAACACCCAACGCAGGCAACGCAACUAAGACGCGCCGUCGUUUGUCCGUCGUUUGGCUUCAAACUUUUCCAUAAUUGCUACACCAGAGGAACUUUUUUACUUGUUAGUGAUGGAGGCACAAUCUCAAGAUAGUGUCGCUGCGGGCUCCCCUGCCGAAGUCCCCAACGACCCAGGGAAGAUGUUCAUCGGGGGUCUCAGCUGGCAGACUAGUCCAGAGAGCCUGAGAGAAUACUUCAGCAAAUACGGCGAAAUCACCGAAGUGAUGGUUAUGAAAGACCCCACCACGCGCCGCUCCAGGGGUUUUGGAUUUCUAACCUUCGCAGACCCUUCUAGCGUAGACAAGGUCUUAGCUCAAGGCACGCACGAGUUGGACGGAAAGAAGAUCGACCCCAAAGUUGCAUUUCCCCGAAGAGCGCACCCAAAGAUGGUGACGCGAACCAAGAAAAUAUUUGUAGGCGGCCUGUCAGCCCCGACGACGUUAGAAGACGUUAAAAAUUACUUUGAGCAGUUUGGGCCGGUGAGUACAAAUAUUGAGGACGCAAUGUUGAUGUUUGACAAGCAGACCAACAGACAUAGAGGUUUCGGUUUUGUCACUUUCCAGAACGAAGACGUAGUCGAUAAAGUCUGUGAAAUUCACUUCCAUGAAAUCAACAAUAAAAUGGUGGAGUGUAAGAAAGCACAACCGAAGGAGGUGAUGCUGCCGGCGAACUUGGCCAAGACGAGGGCCGCCGGCCGCGGCGCUUACGAUUUCAUGUGGCCAAUUGGUGCUCUGCCUGAUGAAACCGCAGGUUUCCCAGCCGCAUUUGCAGCCUACUCCGCGGGACGAGGUUACUCUGGAUAUGCGAGUUUUGGGCUACCCUACCCCACAGUUGAUAUCACCAACGGCCAGCUCACGCCUAACAACAACACCCCGCUUCUUACGCAGGCGUUAUCAGUGAUGAACAACUACCCGCAAGGCUUCGGGCCGCCAGCCUCGCCGGCCAACAGCCGCGGCUUUCCGCCGGCCAACUCGCCAGGGCCCAUCGACAUGUACAGCGGCAGCACCGACAGCGUGGGCUACGUUCAAGCCGCCAGCCCGCAGCCCAACAGCUUUCAAGCCAUCGCGGUGAGUCGCGCGCCCGUCAGCUACAACCCAGUCUUGUCUUUUCAGGGUCCACUGAUUCCAGCUGCAUUCACGAAUGGGUACCAUUGAGAAGGGAUUUUUGGGAUAAAUUAUUUGUCAGAUUCGAAAUGUCACAUAAACAAAAAGAUUUGUGUGGACACAAAAUCUCAGGUUGCUAAUUUCAAUGGUAAAAUGAGAUAAAAUAAUGACCUACUACUGCUCGUUUGUAAUACUUUCAAAACACAACUCACUAUUGCAAUUUACACAUACACUGAUACACACUCACUUACCCAUAAAUUAUGACAACACACUGUCGACUUAGCUGGACGGACUCUACAAAAAGUAACCUUGUAAAAGAAAACCACAGAGAGGGUCCUUGCACCGACUCUUUUUCUCUCUCUCAUCAGGCAGCAAGGAAUUCGAAACAUCCCUUUGACAGCUCACGAUUCGCUUCUGGACGCAAUUUGCAAGAGAACAAGUGACAAGUUUUGUGUUUUUUCCGCAACAAACACACACUUUUUGAAUGGAAAAAAAUGUCUGUCCGGCAGUCUGACGAGAUAUUCCUCGGUUUCCUGCUCGAGUUGUGCGAGCGAAAUUGUACUAUUUUCUGAAUUCCAGUGAAAUUCAUGCCAUCAGUGUUCUACGCAAUAAGAAUCCCCAGAACCUUGUUAGCUGAAAAUUUUAGGCAACUGAGAAAACCAUCGAGAAGUUAUUUUCAUAUGUGUACACUUUUUUGAUUUUACUUUAGAGCAAACGCGUUGUAUAAACAAACUUAUUUUUUGCUUUUUUUGUUUUGUUUGUCGAUCACACACUCAUUCUCUCACACUACACACACAGACACACAAAUAAACACACACACACACACUAUGUACUUGUUAAGUAUUAACUAUUAAGGUUUGUCUGUUCGCCGGCAGCGUUCCGGAUUUCGUUCCAAAUUUGAUUGGUACUGAGAGAUGCUACCAAAUAAUUGUAGUUGGUUAGGUCUUUGUGCCUAAAUUGUGCGACCGAGAGUUAUUAUUGAAAUAUUAAACAGAAAGAAACAGAAUUAAAAGAAAAAAACAGACACACACACACUGACGAAACGCGGUUAACUUUCAAAAAGUGAUCAAUAACUUGUAAGUGUAAUUAUUAUUACUACAAUUAAUGUACUAUACAUAUAUGGGGAUGAGUAUAAGCGGACGAUUGCAAAACGCGCUGCGAGAAGCAAGAAGUAUAAGUAGUAUGUGCAACCCAAGUCACACACACACGCAGCAAUUAAAUAUGUACCAAUUAAGCGAGAAUUAAAAGAGACGUGCGGCGAAAUAAUUAAAUUGGGUGCCUGCUCUAUGAUAAUUAUUGUACGCUAGUGUCUCGAGGUGUUGUUGCUGAAGCGGAAUAAUAUUUCUUUUGUUCUCUUUCGCGCACAUGUGGUUGAGCGAGAUUCCUUUUUGACUCUUGAUCCCCCCGACACAUAAAACAUACCCCCAGCAGCGCAGUAUAGCAUAGUAAUGUAUAUCAUCUAAGUGUAAAUACGACAGGAAAAUCUGUGUGUGUUCCGUUGAGCGUUUUGUGCAUAGUCCGCGGACGCGUUGGCUAAAAGUAAGCGAGCAAUUGUAAGAUUAGUGUUAAGUGUUACGAGUAAAUAAUUAUUAAAUAGAGUUGAGAGGAAAGAAGAAGAAAAAAACUAAUUACUUUGCAAGUUGUUUCCAAAAACCACUUUGCUGAGAAAAAGUUAAGAGAUUGAGUUCCUCGUUGUUUCUUUUUUAAAGAGUGCAGUUCAGUCGUGUUUAGUGCACACAGCAACUAAUUUUUUUCCCACAUUUUUCUCGCCAAAGUUUCGUCCUUUGAGGCCAAAAACGUUGCAGAAAAGGUACCCGCAUCAUUCACUGACACACAUUUGAUUUUUUAUACAAGAAACGUUUUGCUAAAACACAAAUACACACACACACACUGACAAUAUGUUGUUAAGGUUAAAAAGAAAUUUCUAGGACUUCGUGCCGCGAGCAGGAAAAUAAUUAGAGCAAUAGCGAGUUCGGAGUCGCGCGCGAUUAGUUAGGCGAUCGAAUUUCCCGAUGUUGGGAUCACAGUUGUUGAAUUUGCGAGAAGAAUUAUUAAUCAGGGACUAAAUACUUUUUCACUGAUGUGUACGCGCGCAGUUAGUUGUUUUUAACUCACUCUCACACUCACUGACUCGUUUCGUUGUUUCUGCGUUGAGUUGUUAAUUCAUUGUUGUAUAAUGCGAAAAAAAAACUACAAUAUAUAAAUUAUUAUGUACAGUUAUACUCGUUCGUACUCUGCUAUUGGUUGGAGGAAAUUUUCAUCUGUAACGACUGAUAUAAAAGCAAUAAUAAUGUGUGGAGAAAAAUCUAAGAGGAAAACAAAACACUAUCGUUAUUACACUUUUUAAAAUAAAAUGGAAAGAAAAUGACUAAAAUUUAAAUAUUUAUAAAAAUAGAGAGACGGGCGGAAAAUGUUUGCGUGCCGCCGGGAAAGUGAGAAUAAUCUUUUUCAACGUUCCCCCUCCACUUGUCAAGAUGUGUAUAAUUAUAAAUAUAUUCGCCAACCACACACACACAGAAACACGAUUACUGUUUUUUGACGACGACAGAGCAAAUGGAAAUUUAUUUCUGCCCGAAAACCAAACGUGAAAGUUAAAUAUAAUUAUUACAUUAAGCGAGAGGUUUAUUAAUUAAGUGUGAGUGCGUCUAUAUAUUCAUAAGGAAAUAACACUUAACGCAUUGUUGUGUAUUAUUGUACAUAAUUGUAAUGAAUUAAGACGAGUUGUUGUCAAAGCGAGGAUUUAUUGCGACAAUUCGAUUGGCGAGAUGAGACGACAAGGCACUUAACUCACCCCCCACACACUCACACACACACGAAACACUUUUUCACACUUUUAAUGAAUGCAAAAAAAAAGAAAGACAAAAACACGCGCGUUCAAUUACAACAAUUUCGUAAUAGCAGCUAGAGCAUCACACGCAAAGCAGCCAUACUUAACAUAAUAAAUUUUAUUGUAAUAUUUACCAAGGAGUUUGAUGCUGUGUGAACCCAAAGCAUUAUAGAGCGAGCGGAUGUUCUUGUUUUAAGUCGAAUUUUCCGAUUCGAACUGAUCUCGUGAAUUUUUUAAUUAGAAAAAAAGAGUUAUAUAAAUAUUUAUUGAUCAAGAUCCGAGUUAAUUAUUUUUGCGUCACACCAAGUCAAUUUCCAUCGUUUACUGAUAAAAGUGGAAGAAAAAUCAGGCUGAUUUGUUUUUUUUGCGUUGUUUCCUAUGAGUAAACCAAAAAUCUAGGGUACUACUUUUACUGAUACUCUCUGUGUAUUUUCUUGGAGAUUUAACAAAAGAUGAGAUAGUUUGAAACUAGAGUAUUCCAGGUUGUAUAAUUAAUAUGCGUAGCAAACGAGAAAAUUUUAGGAUAUUUUAACGAGAGCAGCCUUCAAAGUGAAACUACUGCGGAUUUCAAUUUAGUUGCAGCGAGCAGAUUUUAAGAUUUUUUACUCUCACUCACACGCAAUCAAUCAAUAAUCGUAAUUUAAUGCAACAUAAAUAUACUUUCUUUAUAAUGGACACGAAAGUCUGAUAUAAAAAUGCAAAGACUUGAUUCAAACGUGAAUUAACGCCCCGAUGAUUAGUUGCAAAAUAUGUAAUAGUUUGUCCACCAUCGCUCAUCCUGGUUUCUUAGUUAGCCACUCUAAAAACAAACACAUAUCGUGAAAUGAGUUGAGCUUUCUCCUUCCUCCCUUACAUUCAAUCUCGACAAAACAAGAUCUCGUCUCUCAGCCCUAUCUCGUUUCCUUUUGUUAGACCCAAACGCUGAACUCUCGUGUUCUAAAUGAAAAACCACAAAAAUGCUGGGAAUGACGCGAGUUAACCUGCGGCGGAAAAUUAACAUAAACACACACACACACUCACACCUAACCGAUUAUAACGUUAAGAAAGGAAAAAAAAAUGCACAAAUCUCUUGCUGUGUAAUCUGUCUGUCUGCUGUCUUAACUAACUUACUCAAAACGCAAAAGUGAACCCGUGUGUAAAUACUUAAGACACAAAAAAUAAAAACCGCGUACGAAAAGGCUCAUCUCUCUCGUGUUUAAAAACGGUCGAAAGAUAUAAUAUAUAUAAAAAAUAUAUAUUUUGUGAGACGCGAAGAGAAACAAAUAGCAAUUACUCCACUUUGAUGUAAAAGAAAAAUUUUCAGUUGGAUAAAAACACUCAAGAGGCUAUUUGAGAGAAAUGCUCUGCAAAGAAUAAAAAAAACUGAUUCAGUUUCACGAUAUUUUUUGGUGCCUUCCCCUUUUUAAAUAUUGUACUCUGAUCUAAAUUAACUAACGGGGGAAAAAAUAAAACGAAAAAAGAGCGCAGGCCGAGAACUGCAAAGAAAGACUUUUCUCACAACUGAUGGAACUUAAAUCGACUUUGCUGAUUGAUGAUGGCACAAGGGCAAUCAAUAUAUUUCACACUCACUCAAAUUCUGCUUUCCCUUCUUUUCUGCUCAUCUCGACUCCCUGCAGUUUUAGUAGCCAGGUCACAACAGACACAAAAGCAUGGCAGGCUGCUAAAUGCCACUAUGUGAUACACGAGUAGCAUUGGGCGUAGGGAACGCGUGUAAUUUCGAAUCUAGCGUCCGUGGAAGCUGCAGCCGCGUUUGACUGCCAAAGAGCCUCUGAUUUGAAACUAAAGAAAAAAAAAUUUGUAAGCGAAACACCAAAUUCAAACGACAUUCGUAGUGAGAUUUAAAGGAGGCCUUUGCAGCCGAAGUGGCUCCGGUUUCCUCUGCUAAUCGACGACCAACACCUUGGUUUCUUUUUCCUUGGUUCCGAGUGCUGCUAUGGAAAGAAAAUGUACCAAACGACCGCGCAUGAGAAUAUUGCUCACAGGGUUUCUACAAGGAUAUAUUGAAACACCCUCUCUCUUUCUCACCUUGACAUAUUUCUACGGAUUCAGGAAAAUACGAAAAUUCCACCACUCUCUUUGUCUCUCUUUCACUUUCUACAUAAUUAAUCUCUAACCACAUGGAAAGUAAUAACAUGAUAUUUUGCAAUAUACUUAUAACAAAACGAAGAAAAGCACGCAUCAUGUUAUACGUGUGAGCUCCUGGUCUGACUAUAUUGUUGUAACGAGAGCAAUUAUACUGCUGCAGAAAAUCGACUCUAAUUCAAAUAAGACGCGACGAGAAUAACCAGAAAUUUGCUAAUUCAAAGCUAACGAGUAAAAUUAAACUAAAAUCAUAACAACAUAUCACAACGCAUCGCGAUUUAAGUAAGAAGCGAAAAUUUCUCUCUCCUAUACUCUCACUUCCUUCUCCUCCUCUCCCACUUUUCCCAUUUCUUAAUCUUGUGAGUUUGACCUUACAUUUAAUUUUUUUUCAAGAAGCAUCUGGAAUUAAAAAGAAAAAAAAAAAAUAUAAACACUCUCAUCAAAUAAAUUUCCUAUUCUGAUUACACACAAACACACUGCAUUGGACUGACAUAGGAGAUUUUAUGAUUACGAGUAAAAAAGAAGUAAAACCAUUGAUUUGUAAAAUGGCACUUUUUAAAAAGACUGUGUAAAUAAAAUAUAUAAAUUAUUUAAAUAACAUAUUGUAAUAAGAGACGCAGAGUCUAGCUCCACUGAGAUGAUGAGUAUAAAAAUUAGUUGAAAAGAAAUCGAUCCAAGAAGCAGAAUCCGUUAUAAUUCUCUAUUACUCUCACACAAUAUACGUAUUGCAACAACAGACGAAAAAUAGCCAAUGAAUUUAUAGAGUGUGUGCAUAAAUCUGUAAGCUGCAAGGCAGACCGGAUAUACUUCAGUUCCAUAUAAAACGACGAGUUCCUUCCACGCCCCCGUUUUCUUCCCCGGGACUCCCUAUUCAAAUAUAUACAUGUGACAUAUUGAGUGAAAUUUCUUCGCCCAAUCAACCGCAACCCUGAGAGUAAAGAUGCAGCCUUAAAUUUGAGAUUAAAUUUGACUUUCUCGGUAGAGCUUCGAGUUCGAAAAAGCGCAUAGCAAGCCAGUCGAAAAGGAAUUUUCGGUUCCACUUCAAAUUCUUAAUUCAUUUAAUUCUCCCCGAAAUCAUUUCGUGAGAUCUCUUUUCAUAAUGAAUGUUUAAAACUAAAACUAAUUAAACGUCGACGUAAGGGAAGAGUUUAAAAAGUCCCCUCCUCGGGCCAUGCAGGUGAAGAAAAUUAAGAAGAAAAAAAAGAAAAUCAGUUGCAAACGUUUAAUUUUGAGGCCCAUGCGAGAGUGUUAAAAUCUAUUUCGCCAACACUCUGUUGAGAGAAAAAGUUGAAUUUCGUGAAAACAAAAAUAGUGAAAAGGCAGUUUUGAACCCGUGUAUAUUUAUUGUGUACGCAAUAAUUAAGGCAUAGCAAUAAGCGAUAAUAAUAUGUAAAUUAAAAGGGAUGCGAAGAGGAAAAACAUUAUUAUUGUACUAUGAAAUAUAUUUGUGGCAAAACAACACACAUACACAAUCUCUCUCACACAAUUAUUAUUACAUAAAUUAUGAUUAUACUACGCAGAUAAAUACAUUACGAUAUAAUAUACAAUAUUUUCAAAGUUUUCUUACUGAAAAUAAUACGAAAAAGUGACGGAUGAGUAAAAAGCUAGCUCGCUCCCUUUCGUUUGUGAGAGAAACUUACUUCAAAUCUAUAUUCAUCGUAAGAGAUUUUACAUGUUCGCGCAUUGUUUGUAUACAAACAUAAACAUUCAACUCUCACGCACACACACACACAUACACACACUCGGUUGCAUAAGAAAGAAGGCAGUGGCAGAAAACGCUGCCAAGUGAGAGCGAAUUUGUAGUGGCUGCGAAUUUUCUCAGCACAUCUCUCUCGAUCCAACCAAUAGUUUCUCAUUAAAAAGAUAUAUAAAUAUAUAUAAUAAUUGUUCAGUGAUUGCGGUCUCGAUGAAGCAUCUCCAUAACAAAGGUCUAAAAUCAGUCGGAAAAUGUAGUUCUCUUUUUUACUCACACACAUUCACACCCUUCUGUACACCCAAUUUUGCGCGAAUUUGCAAUGAAAAAAUAAAUAAACCGACGUCUCGCCAGCAGAUUAAUUCAUAAGUAAGGAAGGCCUCUAGCGAAUUUGACCAUCGACCCAGCGCAGUCCUUGUUGAUUAUUUCUCAAAGCUUUUAUCACCCCCCAGCCCCCCGCCCCCGUUACAAUUAAGGAAAAAGCUAACUGUUAUUGUUGUUGCCGCCCCACGAAGGCGUCUUGGCCCUUUGCGUUUUCCUAUCCUCCGAGUCUAGCGUUUAAGGUAGGAAAGGAAAAGACGGCGCGAAGAAGCAGAUGACGAAAAGAGAAAGUAUUUCUGUGUGCUGUUACGUGUAUGUACAUAAACUUAAUAAUUACAAAUGACGAACGAGAAGAAAACUAAUAAGCGCUCUGCGAAGCAAUUAUUGUUGUACCAAAAAAAACAA